UCCAUGCUGUAUCAAUGCAAACUUUAUGUUGUAUUUUUAUAGUGUACUUAUCCCAGUCCACUGUCCCACAUGACGUCACCAAAAAAGUAAUUUUUAAAUUAAACAUUCCCAUCAUUCCGCUCGACUUUUCGCGCUUAAUUUGAGUGAAUGGCGGCUGAUGGCGGAUUGCCUUGUAUUAAGACAAAUGUUGAUAGGUUUUAUAUAUUUUUUAAAAAAUAAAGUGUGCAUUUCUGUCAUAUCUUUACAAUAUCUACUGGGUGCUGCUUAAAAAUGCUCGCCACAGUAAUAGCAGCAAACGGAAUUCACGAAGUUGAUGGAUUUAUUAACACCGAAAAAGAUCCAUGUGCUAGUCCACCAUGCAAGAAACAUAAGAAAGAUUUUCAGUGCUCUGUCCAGGAAGAUGUGGAUUGUAAACAAAAAAACGAGGAUUAUUGUGAACUCUCAGACGUUGUUACAAAUAGAAACAGUGAAAAUUUGGCUGAUGUAAAACCAGGAAGUUUUCAUUUUGCUGAUCAAAAUGUAGUGAACAAGAUAUAUGGCAAUACUGGUAAAUCAUAUUACACAACAAUUGAUGAUGUAAAUAUCUCAAACAAGUCCAAGGACUGCAACGGUAUUACAAACAGCUCACUGCCAGAAUCAACUUCUACAUGCAAGGGAGGUGUAACUAUUCAUGCAUUUUUUAAGAAUGUAAACUUAAAAACAGAAGAGGCUGUGAAGCCUUGUCAAAUUCUGGCUAGUAAUUUAUUAUCACUUCAAAACGAUGGGCUGCAAUUGCAUUCUGAUCAAAAGAAUGAAAUAAAAUCACCUUCAAAAUGUGAGAAACCCAUGGAAACCUUGGAAGAUAGCGUAUCUCAAAUUGCUAGCUCGAUUUCCAAGGUAACAGCGACACCAAAGGCAAAAGUUUCUGAAAAAAGACUGAAAUGUGAAGAAGAAAAGUUGAAAAAGCAGAAAGAGAGAGAGUUGAAGAAGAAAGAACGCAUGGAAUUCAAGCAGAAGAAGGAACAAGAAAGACUUAAACAGCUUGAGCUUAAGAAACAGCGACAAAAAGACAGGCAGGAAAAAAAAAUUCAUGAUGAAAUUGAAAAAAAGUUAAGAAUGGAAAAGAGGGAAGAAGAAAGACGUAAAAAAGAGGAAGAAAGGCACAAAAAAGAGGAAGAUCGCAGGAAAAAAGAAGAUGAAAAAAAUUUGAAGAUGUUAGAAAAAAAAAGACGAGAAGAAGAAGAGAUAUCAAAAAGGGAAAAGGCAAAAGCAAGUUUUGCUAGUUUUUUCAUUAAAACAGAUGUGAAAAGUAUUACCAAGGAUCAAUCAGACAAAGAUGGCAAAUUUCAACCCUUUGAAUUAAAACCCUUCAUGAAGUUAGCAGAUGUGCCUUACAGAAAAUGUUUGUCAGUUAUUGAAAAAGAAAAUCUUGUUAGAGAUAUCUUAGAACAGCAGACAAUAAAGUGUUUGAUUGACAUAAAGAAAGAGUUUUGCCAUUUGAGAGAAUGUGCACUCGAGAUUUGUGAACGGAAGAGAAUGAAAGAUAUGGUUGUGAAUGAUCCUGAUGAAGUGAUAAUUAUUGAAGAAAUUCAUGCUACCAAUUCAAACAAGAUUAAGGUCAAGCUCUUUCAGUUUCAUGACAACUAUCGACCUGCGUAUUUUGGCAGUUAUAGAAAGAAAAGCGCAACCAUUAGGCCAAGGAGGCCUUUUGAAAAAGAUGAAAAUAUUUUGAAUUAUGAAGUUGACAGUGAUGAUGAAUGGGAGGAAGAAGAGCCAGGAGAAAGCUUGUCAGCCAGUGAGGGUGAAGAUGAGGAAGAUGGCUGUGUGAAUGAGGAUGAUGAGGAACAUGAUGGGUUCUUUGUCCCUCAUGGAUACCUCAGUGACGAUGAGGGAGAUGGUGAUGAUGAUGGAAUUGAUAACAGAGACAAGUUUAAGAGACAUCUAGCCAAACAGAAAACAUGGGAAGCUGAGUUAAAAUGCCAAUUUGUACCUAAGAAACCAAUAGCAAUUGGUUGUAUAUGGCAGGAAGGUCUUUCUGAUAUUUUGAAACAACUUGAGGCUUGCUAUUUGACGUCUCAAGAUUGCAUAGAUCCAAUGAAAAAGGAAUACACUGAACCUGUCAUGACUUUAUCGUCCAUCAGUUCCCCAACAACUAAUUGCAGUACAGUUAUGCCUGUACCACAAGAAGCUAUGCCAUUUUUGAUCAGUAUGCUUCAUGGUAAUGAAGCUGGUUUGAAAAGAAUGAUUCAACUGUUUCGUAAAAGUUGGACAAUGAAAUCAAAGACAAACACUGAAGUCACUGAAGAAAACUGGGAAUUGCAUUGUACCAUUUCUAAGCGGCAAGUUGAAAAAAAUAUCAACAACAUUGCAAGAAAAGAAUUAAGAUUACCCAAUUCUAAGGCGCAGUGGUUUGUGCAUUCCAAUAUUCUGGAAUUGUAUAACAUGAAUCAUCUCUCUAGCACAAGUAGUUAGUUAAUAAUUAAUAGUGAGCAAGACUUGAAAUGUGUGACCAUCUUGAAACUUAUCAAAGCAAGUGGCUACUGCCUUCGAUUGUGUUCAAUGAAGAGUGAAGGUGUUAGUUUUGCACAAGUAUUCUUGAGAAUUACAAACAGUAUGACAUAAGUUAUCUUCUAGGACAAACAAACUUAUGUAGAUGUAUGUACAUAUAUAUUUGAAUGUUGUUUACAAAGAAAUUUUUAAAUUAUGAA